AUGAGAUUUGUGUCUAGAAGGCAUGGAUUAGAUCGAGCGAGACAAAGCACCGACAAGAGCAAAUCGCUACACACGGCAGCGGCAGUAUUACAAGUAGAUCAAGCAAAGGGAGCCGUGGAAGAAGAAAAAGAAGAGCAAGGAGAUCAGGAUGCGAGCACGCUCGAUCGAAUCCAGCACUGGAGGAGGCCGCGCAACAUUCCCAUCUGGGCGAUCCAUUGCUGCAAGGCCAUGUCCGCGAAUGCCGAGACCGACCACCCACACGAGAUCCGCGCCGCUUUCGACCGAUCCAAGCCCCGGACUCUCGUCACCUGGAACACGCUCCUCACGAUCUACUCCCAGUCCAGUGAUCUCUCGCGAGCCACUCAGGUCUUCGACGCAAUGCCCGGGAGGAGCAGCGCGUCGUGGAAAGAGCUCUUCCUCCGGUAUGCCCAGUUCGGGCAUAUCAAUCCAAGCAAGGAACUCUUUGAUAGAAUGCCCGGAAGGGAUCUCGUGGUGUGGACAAGCUUUCUAAAUCUCUUUGCGAGACAUGGCGAGUUAAACCACUCCAAAGAAUUGCUUUUCAGGAUGCCUCAACACGAUCGAGUGUCGUGGACUACUAUGCUUCGAGGAUAUGCCCAAUGUGGGCAAAUGCUAAAUGCUAAACAAAUGUUUGAUUCUAUGGAAGAACGAAGCUUUUUCUCCUGGACGGACAUGGUAUCCGGCUAUGCAAGAAUGGAAGAAUUUGACAACGCUAAAUCUCUGUUUGAUCAAAUGCCUAGCCACGAUUUAAUCACUUGUACCGCUAUAAUACCAGCAAUUGCCAACUAUGGGAAAAUUGGUGACAUUAAGUUCUUUUACGACUCUGUGCCCGAGAAAGAUCUCGUGCUAUCGACCGCGUUGGUGGGAGCUUUCGUGCAAAUCGGGAAUCUGGUAGAGGCCCGAGGUGUGUUUGAGACGAUGGCGACGAGGAACUUGGUUUCGUGGACAACGGUAGUGUCAGGCUAUGCCCAGUAUGGAUUCAUAGACGAGGCCGAGAGGAUGUUUUCCCGGAUGCCUGAGUGGAAUCUCGUGUCCUGGACCGCGAUGAUUGAUGGGCUGAUGGAAAACGGGGGCCUGGGCCCAGCGAAGCUUCUCUUUGAUCGAAUGCCGCAGAGAAACAUCGUUGCCUACACCGCUCUUGUCACGGGAUUCAUCCGGAAUGCGCAGCUCGAUCUGGCAAAGGAGCUCUUCGAUCGAACCCCGCAGUGGGAUCUCGUGAUCUGGGCUUCGAUCGCCGCCUCCUAUGCCCAGCACGGGCAUGUCGACCACGCGAUGGCGAUCCACCAGCAAAUGCCCGCAAGGGACGUGAUAGUGUGGAAUCUGCUGGUCGCGAUGCUCGGCCAGGCCGGGAGAAUGGAGGACGCGCUCAAGAUCCAGCACCAGAUGCCGAAAUGGAACGUUUUCACCUGGAACGCGAUCCUCUCCGGCUACGCGAUCAAUGGCGAUAUCCACUCGGCUCAGCGAUCGUUUGACAGCAUCCCGGAGGAGAUCGUGAACUGCCAGUGCUGGACGAGUUUGAUGCACGCUUACGCUCGCAAUGGCCGCGUGAUCGAGGCUCGAGCUGUGCUCGCCGCAAUGCCCACGAGAGAUCUUGCGGCCUGGAACUUGAUGAUGGAAACAUAUGCCCAAACGGGGCGUUACAAGGAAGCCAUUCAUCUCUUCCACGAGGCCACGCUCGAUGGCGGAGUGAGGAUCGAUCUCGUCUCAUUCAUCACCAUCCUCUCGGCUUGCAGCCAUCUUGGGAAGAUCCAAAUCGCCCGCGAUCAAUUCGUGUCUAUGAUCGCCGACUAUGGCAUUGUUCCAAUCCGGGAUCACUACUCGUGCGUGGUGGACGCUCUCGCGAGAUCUGGGAGGCUUUGCGACGCUGAAAGUUUGCUCGAGACGAUGCCUUUCGUGCCCGAGUCAUCCGCGUGGGCGAGCUUGCUGUCGGCGUGCCGUGUCUACCGAGACAAAGAUCGUGGAGCUCGAGCAGCCGCGCAAGCCAUGGAGGUCAAUCCCCAAGCUUCGGCUUCGUAUCUUCUCUUCUCGCACUGCUAG